AUGUCAUACUAGCAACAACGUAUUUAAAACAUUUAAGAAUAUAAGUACACUUCUGAAACAAAGACUGUGCGUUCUAAUACUCCUUAAACACGUGAAACAAGAUAUCAAAUACAUGAAACUUCAAUUGAUAAUAUCAGAUCUACUCCAGAAAGUAGAUAAUAAAAAUUGAGUCCAUAGAUAUGUCAAUUUUUAAUGGCUUGUGAAAUUGAGAGAUUAGGAUCAGAAAAUGAAAAAUUACGUUUCAGAAUUAAAGAAAUUUAAGAUAAUACUUAAGAUAGACAUCAUUUAGAAUAAUAAAUAAUAGAUUUGACUAAUAAAUUGAAUGAAAUGAUUAAUAUUGUAGAGACUCAUAAAAUAGAGAAAUCUGAAUUAAUUAUUCAAAUUACAACAUUAUAAGAGGAAAUUCAUGAAUAAAAAGAACUAUAAAAUAAUUAUUAUGAGAGUAGAGUUGUAAAUCUCUCUAAUUAAAUUGAUAAUCUUACAUUAUAAUUAAGAGAAUUUGAGACUAUAAAAUUAGAUGAAAUGCAAGUUUUAAGAAAUUAAUUGGAAUCUGAAAUGAAAACUGAAAUAGUAUUAUAAUAAUAUUUAUAUAAUAUAGGAAAAGGCAAUAUAAACAUAAGAACUUAAUUCUUAAUAUUAGAGAGAAUUCUUAGAAGGAGAAUUAAAGAAAUGGAAAGAUUUGUGUAAUUAAAAAUAGAAGGAAAAUGAUGAAUUAAAAAAUGUUAUUCUUUAAAAGGAAAUAAAUAAAUAAAGAGAAUUAGAAAAUCAAUUAUAAUCAUAUAAAAAUGAAACUGAAAGAGUUAAUAAAUUAUUGGUUUCAAAAUCAGAGGAAACAGAAAAUUGGAAAUAAAAGUAUCUUAAAUUAUAAUUAAUGAAUGAUGAUUAUAAACGAAUCUAAUAGGAGAAUUAAUAAUUAAAUGAUACUAUUCUUGUUUUAGAAAGUUAAUUGAAAUAAAGAUAGGAAUAAUAAAAUUAAAUCAAAUAAUAAUUAGAAAAUGCCAAUAAUUGUAUUUACUAAAUUUCAUAUUAGAGUUUCUUAGUGAAAAGAGCAAAGUAAAUUAAUUGUUAACAGAAUAACAAGAUAUUUAAAAGAAGAAAUAAGAAGUUGAAGGUAGAUAUCAAAAUCUUUUACUUGAAGUAGAUAAAUUGAAUCAAAUUAUCAAGCAAAAGGAAUAGAUUACUAUCACUUAAACUACAAAGUAUUAUUUAUGAAUAUAAUUUAAGAAUUGAAGAAUUUUAAAGCACUUUUGUAUAAUAUAGAAAUACAAUAGAAGAUAAAUCUUAAGAAAUUGAAAAUCUUAGAAGAUUAUUAACUAAAUUACAAUAACAAAUUAUUUAAUUAGAGGAUUAAGUAGAAUAAUUAAAGAAAUUUUAAGAAAAUGUAAUUAUCUAUAUUAAAUUAUAUAGUGUAGAGUGUUAUCUGCAGAAAUUGAUAGAUUAAAUGAUGAAAUUAAAGUAUAAGAUGAUGAAUUAAGAUAAUGGAGAAUGUAAUAUGCUGAUGAGGGUUCCAUAAUAAAAAAACUAUAAGAUUAAUUAUAGAUUAUUGUAGUUUUGGCUAGUGAAGUUGAAAGUUUACGUAUGAGAUUGCAUGAUAAAGAAUAAGAAGUAGAAGAUGUAAGAAGAUCAAGUUUAGCACCUUAUAAAAUUUGA